ACAGGAAAAAGAAGAAGUUUGAGGUUAUUGGUUAUUAUUUCAUAAAAAUGUUCGUAUGUAUUUAAAUCAAAUUGUAAUGAAAUUGUUGAAUGAGUCUACUUCGCAUAAACAUUUUUCGUAUAGUAAAAAAUUUCCAUACUACAGCUAUGGCUAAAAGCAAAUUUGAAUACGUUAGAGGUUUCGAGAAUGAAGAUAAAAUAUUGCCAAACUGUUGGAUAGUUGUUCGCGUAGAUGGUAAAGGUUUUCACAAAUUUUCAACAAAACACAACUUUAUUAAACCGAAUGAUUCACGAGCUUUACUUUUGAUGAAUAAAGCAGCAGCUACUGUUAUGCAAGAAUAUAAAAAUAUAGUUAUAAGUUAUGGUCAUAGUGAUGAAUACUCUUUUGUUCUGAGAAAAGAAACUGAAUUAUAUAAUAGAAGAAAAGACAAAAUUAUGACUUAUAUUAAUAGUUUAUUCACAUCAUCUUACGUUUAUUUUUGGAGAGACUAUUUCCCUGAUCUGAAAAUGAAGUAUCCACCAUCUUUUGACGCUAGAGUAGUUUUAUAUCCAUCAGAUCAAAAUUUACGGGAUUAUCUUAACUGGCGACAAGCUGAUUGUCACAUUAACAACUUGUAUAAUACAGCAUUCUGGGCUUUAGUACUUAAAGGUAAUCUUACCAAUGUUGAAGCUGAGAAAAGAUUAUGCGGAACAGUAUCAUCUGAUAAACAUGAAAUUUUAUUCACUGAAUUUGGUAUAAAUUACAACAAUGAAUCAGAGUUAUUUAAAAAAGGAACUAUAUUACUUAGGAAACAUAUUAAGCAUCCUUUACAUGGAAAACAGAGAUUGGUAAUAUUUCCUUUACAUGAAGAUCUCAUCCAAGAUACUUUUUGGGAGCGACAUACAAAUAUAAUGUUGGGAGAAACCAGUCAAACUUAUGAUUACCCAAUAUCUGCUCCAUUACCUAAUUUAGUGUUACAACAACUACAUUUGGAAGAAAAUUUUUCAAGAAAAAAAGAGUUUUCUAAAGAAUAAGGGUUAUGUACUGAUUUAAAAAUUUUCCUAUCUGAGGUACAUUUUUCUUUGUCGUAAUGUAAUUCAUAUUUUGUUAAUUUUUUCUAAUGAUGAAAAAUUGGUGAUUAGAAAGCUUUUAUCAUUUCUUUUUCACUUAUUUUUUAUCAAGAUAACCCCUUGAAAAUAUAACCAACACCUGAGACUAUAACACUUCCUCUUCUAUAGCAUACAGUUCCCAACAACAGAUAUGUAUGGGGCGAUACUAUAAUAGUGAUCACUAAAACCAUGAAAUCCUAACUAAUAACUAAAAAUAUCACCUUAUUAACAUUAUCCUCAGUUUCUGCGUUUUUGGGCAAACUAAAUAUGUUACCUUCAAAGGUUUAUAAUUAGAAGAGAAAAAUUAAUAGCGUGAGAAAUCCCGUCCCUCUAGGCAUUCACUGCUGGAUAAAUCCUCUGAUGGAUGCGAAGAACAUUCCACUACCCCUUGUCAUUUCGACAGCUCCUCAUCCUCUUUCGCCCCUAGACUCCUUCCAUUCCCCUGGGAGAUUCUUAUCUUUUUGUUAAGAGUUAGCCUGUUAGCUAUACACUCUUGUCUUCUUGGUUGUCUCGACGUCUUAAGGUGUAUGCUUUUUGCUGUAUAUUGUAGACAAAUCUUUUAAAAACGGGGGAUAAAUAUAAACUACUUCAUAGCACCUGUUCAUUUGAUCUAAAUAGGUGGGUAAGGAUGGGAAAUCACGGUACUACUAAAUUUGAAAGAUUGGUGGUAACAAAGAAAUAAUACAAGAAUAUCUGCCCUGCAAUGUCACAUUAUUUUAUGUGGCACUGGACAAGAAAAGUGUAUAACUACUGCAUAAGAUGAGCGCCCCUUUCUAGACUUAUUUUCAUCUAAUGAAAAGAAGUUAACUACCCCUAAAGCUUUAAGUUUGUCUUUGUACCUUUCAGAUGCCACUGGGUUAUCACUUAACCUUAAAAAGUAUUCACUCAUGUUGGAUAAACUUGGACGCAAUUGUUAAAACUAAUGUGUAAUUCAAGCACAGACACAUCUGUCCUAAAGUUUCUAAAUUGCUUGAAAGCUCACUUGCAAAUGGACUGAAAAAAAACUGCAGAAAGGCUCAUCUUUAACUUUAUUACUUUCAUUGGAACGGAUCUAAAAAGUAUUUUCUUUUGAUUACCGUGAAAGAAAAAAAUUCUGACUACCAGAAAAAUCAAGAAAAGCUAACAUUGGUACACACGAAAAAAUAAAUUGUUUAUUCCAUGGUGGCCACCAGCUUGAUAAGUUCAUAUUUCUCUAUAAACUUUUUGGGUAAUAAUCUUGAAUAGUGAAACGAAACAAAUGAGACAACAGAAAAAAUUUUAGGGCUUACAAUGAAUCUAAAUAGAUUUCUCUUUCUAUGUAGAUGUCUUCAGUUUGACUACAGGGACACUAGACUAUUAACUGACAGGCUUGCUGCAGUGCGAGAUCUUCAACAAUUUGUGACACACUGUCAGGCUUGUUUGUUAUUCGUGGUAAAUUUUCGCUCUAACAGACGCAAAAGUUUACUAUACUUCCAAUUUAAAAGUACAUAUAUGCUGGAAAGCAACCUGCGGGCCCCUACUGUGUAAAUAAUAAAUGUGUCGAUGUAGUGGAAAGAAUGGUGAAGCCUAUUCGUCUUACUGAGUAUAAUUAAAAAUUUUAAAACAUUAUACAGAAAGUAUUAGAAAAAUGAUGGCUGAUACGUUCUUCAAGCAAUGAGGAUAGUGGACAAAGCUUUUCGAAACGUAACACCCCUUGCAGUAAAAAAUGAUUUAGAACCCGUGGUUUUUCUUCAGAACCUGAAGAAAUCAUUGAAAAGGAAGAUAGUAAUGUGCCUGAAUAAUGGAAUAACCACAUUUCUGGGUCAAACAUUACUUUUGAAGACUUCGUUACUUGCGAUGAUGAAGUAGUCACAGUAGGGACGUUAACAGAGGAAGAAAUAUUGGAAUCAGUAAACAACUGCAUUGAAAGUGUCAAAAACGAUGAUUUUAACGACGAGCCACAAACUUCAUCUACGAGCGUAUCAAUCAACUGUACGAUCAUAUAUAUUUGUGCAGUGUGAAUAAAUAAAUAUGAUUAUUUAAAUUUCUGUAUUUUAUUGAACCAAACCUUCUGACGCAUUCGAGUAAAAAUAGGAACAAGGGUACAUACUUACACAUGUACAUACCUACCUUUAUCUUAACCUAUCCCUAACAUAGACCCUUGAUAACUUAAAAUAUUUUGUGUUUUGUUUUUUUCUCCAUAAUAAAGUAUAAUUCAUUUUUUAUGUUCAUAUGACUGGUAAUAUCUAAAAGUUUUAAUCUUGGACGAAUUAAAUAAAAAUUAUUCGUCCAUGGUUUUAAUAUUUAAUUUAAGUAAUUCCAUUAUUAUAAAAAUUGUUUUAAACAAUAUAAAUAUCCGUAAUAG